UCGAGAAGUCUUACUUCAGAAAAUAUUUGAAAAGGUGUAGAAAGACUGGGGUGUUGCGAGUCACUGACUUGGUGUUAGACAUUGCAGCAAGACAUAAGUCAUAUGAGCGAGUUGCGUGUUGUGUGCGUGGCAUGUAGUUAUCAGGUACACCGUCCAAGUGAUUGUUGGUGGCACGUUGUUGGAGAGGGAACUUAAGCAGAGGAACUUGGAAUGCCCGUACAAUGAGGAGAUUUCUGGAGCACCAAGGAUAACAGAGCACAUUUUCUUUUCAUAUUUAACUACAAUGGCUCGGUCUCUUCUUUUAUUUACACUUUGUCUAACUGGAUGUGUUUGCGUAUCCCGUACGACUGGAGAGAUAUGCAGAGGAGCGCACUGUUUUGGCGCGUACGAAACACAAUGCACCGGCGCGCAAUGCCAAGGGCGCUCGGGAACAAGCGCGGGUCACCUUGCUGCAGCCACGCGCGGUGGCCCUGUACAGACUCGACAUCAGAAUGGGUACAACGAGCAUGCAUCCAGAGUACAGCCAGUCCCAUACACUAUAUAUCCCCCGCAGGGUACACGCGAGAAUUCUCCACGGCAAAACCCAAGGAGUAUCACUGCCGAAGUGUUCAAUCCAGGAUGUACCGAUCGGGACUGUACUGCAGCCCAUAAACGACCCUCUCGAAAUGACACGCAAGAGUGUAAAGGUAGCGAGUGCAGACCAUCGCAUCGACUUCGCUCAAAACCUAGACCUCAGCCUCAGCCAUGUGUUGGAGAGCACUGCUCCGGGGCAGCCGGCUCCAGUGGGACUAGAGCCCGGUCAACAGUGUUGCAUUUGGCCGACAGAGCUGCUCAAUUCUUGGGGGAUAUAGCCUCAGACCCAGGAUCCUCCCCUGGUAUUCAGUUAACAUGUGAUGUUAAAGCAGGCUCUAACGAGGUCCCGUCGGAGGAGGCGCUGGUGCUGCAGCUGCACCUGGCCAAGGGCCAAGAGCAGCUGGUGGAGGAGCUGCGCUCGCAGCAGGCGCAGGUGGCGGAGGUGCAGGGCCGGCUGGCGGAGCAGCAGAGCACCCUGCUGGCACAGCAGAGCGACGUGCUGGAGCAGCAGCGCCGCACCCAGGAGCUGCUGGAGCAGGUCAACGCCCAGUUCACGCUGCUGCAGCACUCCCUCAACCAGCUCUCCCUGCUCAACGCACAGGCCGAGAUGGGGGUCGCCGCCGGCGGCGGUGGCCUCCACAUGGGGACCGGGAUGAGCAGCGGUGGUGGUGGUGGAGGAGGACAGACGAGGACGCGUGGGGUUCAGGAGUCGUACGCCGCCGUCAAGGUGGACAUGGAGGCCAGCGUGAUGGAGGUGGGGCAGCCGCUGGUGGGGUGCGUCAUGUGCAGCACGGAUGAGUACUGUGACUACAGCGGCGACCGGCCGCGCUGCGAGAAGUGCACCGUGUGCCCGGCGGGCUUCUUCCUGGUCGCCCAGUGUUCUGUGCAUGCUGAUCGCAUAUGCCAGGAUAGAGAUGAAUGCUUGGAAAUAACAGAUCUCUGUGGGGAACAAAAACAGUGCCUCAACACACCAGGUGGGUUCAGGUGCCAGGGCAUGUCUGAGCGCGAGGGUGCCGCGGGCCACUGUGGCCACACGUACUUCUACAGCUCCCACCUGCAGGAGUGCCAGGCCUGCUCCGAGUGCGACAACAUCCCCGUGGCCACCCGCUGCACGGCCCUCCGAGACACCGUCUGCGCCGCGGCUCCAGAGGGCGACGCCGGCCACGGCCACCUCUCGCUCUCCUGGGCCGGCGACGUGGUCCUGCCCGCCUCCGAAGCUGCGCACGGCCACGCCUUUCCCAGCAUGCAGCUGAAGAUCCAGGCCAAGACGGACAGCUGCAGCAACGAGCUGCUCACCUGCGCGGACGGGCAGCUGGGGAUGCGGCAGCACGGGCUGGUGUGGGCCGACUACAACCUGGCCAUCAGGCACGGCUGCCGCAGCUUCGUGCAGGCCUGCAUGCGCCUCAACACCAGCAGGGCGGCGGCGGCGGCCGCGGAGGAAGGGCAGCACCAGAGCGAGGGGCGCGACCUUAGCGGGGUGCGUGUGGAGCAGCGCGAGGGCAAGACUCUGCAGAGUGCCACGGUGAGCGUGGCGAGUGCGGUGGAGGUCGGCCAGGCGUUGGCGCUGUUACUACGGAGCGCCAGCCACCACUGUAGCGCGGCCGCCGGUGAGCAACUGCACCUGCACGCCGGAGCCGCGCCUCCAUUCAGCCUGCUCUGGCUGUCGCACGACACCGGCGCCGUGGCCAUGACUGCGCAGGCCGUGGCCUCCGCCCACUACCACACCAACUACAGGCCUACCUUCCGCACCACGUCCGUGUCCGACCCGUACGUGGUGACGCUGACGCACGACGAGAGGGCCGUUCGCUUCACGGAGAGCGGCUCGCUGCGGUUCGUGCUCCAGCAGGCCGUGUACUCCAUGGGCCAGACGUGCGUGAGCGAGGGCUUCACCUUGCUGGCGUACAUCACGAGGAACAGCAGCAGCGUGGAGCUGGCACGAGCCUCGCGGCACGGCGUGCACUACCGCGACACCUCCGUCUCUCUGUCGGCGGCGGCGACCGUCCACCCCGGCGACACGCUCUCCUUCGAGAUCUUAGCGCCAGCGCAGUGCAAUGUGCGUUACUUCGGCGACGACUCGGGCAUCAGCAUGCUGAGCCUGCUGUGGGUGCCGCGCGCCAGCUCCUCCUCUCUCUCCGCCUCCGUCUCCUCCAAGGGCCUGCCGUCCGGAGCGGUGCGCAACAGGGUGCUCUACUUCCACCAGACCUCCGCGCGAGCGGAGCAGCUGGAGAUCAGCGGGGCCCAGGACGGCCACCCGCAGCGGGACCUGCUCUUCCACAGGGCUGGCUCGGCCAGCGUGGCCCUGGAGCUGAAGCUGAUCCACUCUUGCAGCCUUCUGCGGCUCACGCUGCACCGACGGGCGCAGGGCGAGGGGGGUUCGGGUUCGGCGGGGGGUAAGAGCGAGCCUCUGGCCCAGCAGGUGGCGGGGCAGAUGCCCGAGGGUAGCCAGUGGGCCAACGUGGCGCUGCGGGCCUCCUUCAAGGUGCGUAACGGCACGGCGGUGUUCGUGAUGGUGGACUGCGUGCGCGGGCGUAUCAAUCAGAUUGCCCAUGAGUCAGGCAGCAGCAGCAUGUCUGUGCUGUGGGUGGCUGCCUAGUCAGCGGAGGGGAGCUAUCCUGACUCGACAGGGGGUGGCGCAGCAUGGUAUGGGCAUUUUGCUUUCAACCAGUUUUUUAAAUGAAUACUCCAACAUUAAAGUCGUCAGUAGGCCUAUAUCGUCUUUGUAUCAUACCUGUUUUUCAGAAGUGAUGUGUGUCUAUUUUUGUAUUGUUUUUACCAAUUGUUCUUAAUCUGUUAAGGAUUGAUAUUUUCAUAAGAUUUGUACUCACACAUUUAUUUUGUAUACUGAUGCUUAUUCAAAAUUCCUUUGCCGUUUUCAAAGGCAUUUUUUGCAAGCAACUACUUUCGUAAAGCAACUACUUCCUUUAAAGUCCUGUGUAUGGUAUGUGGUGGUGUGAGGCCCAUCCCUGUAAUCCCCACCAGCCAUCCUAGACUCUGCACUAUGUAAUUCUGUGGUCCAAGAUGAAACGAACCACAAACAUGAAAGAAGAGGUUUAACAGCACAACAUUAAGAACAUCGCCAAAAGAAGCCAAUUAACAAGACCUUAUCAACUCCAAUGGAACAGCACAGUGCAUGUGGUUGUUUUGGGUGUUUUGGAUGGUUCACAUUGCAUGGUUAUUAACUUUCUUUGCUAGUAGUAGAUGAGAAUUGCAUAUUGCUACUUCAGGAAACGUUUCAUUUGAAUACACUGUUCAUUGUGGUCUAUUUAUUUUUUUACGACAUGCUUUUGAAAGCCAACUGUUAUGUCCAAUGUAAUUGUAACACAUACAGUAGGUAUACAUAAAUGCUUUACACUUUAUGCAUCUGAUUGCAUGUGUCUCUAAAAUAAUAAAGAAAUUGUAUUUAUUUCAUAUAUUUUGUCUGCUCAGCCACAAACAAGUCAUGCUUUCCUUACAAAUACCAGACAGCAGUAUACCAAGGUAUUUUGUCUGCCUAUGGAAAUGGCCAAAUGGAAUGGCUUUGUUGCCAGGGCUUGUGGGAACUGCUGUGUGCAGAUGUUUUGUGUUAGUCGCCAUUUUCUAAUUCUAUCAGCCCCUGCAUACCAAAUGUAAUUACCCCUUCUGGUAAAGCGUAAUCCUGCCAGAGACAGAGAAAUGUGUAAAAUAAAAACCUGUUGUGUCAGCGUC